AUUCAUUAAUCAAAUUAGAUGGGAAUCUUUUACGUUAACUAGUGCAUCGGUGACACAACAUAUUCUCUUUUCAUGUCCAUUAUGAACUUACACUCUGGAGAAGCGCAAGAUGGAACGACUUGAUAAGGGGUUAUGAAAGGAUUUUUUGUUUUCUGGUUCUAACUUAUGUUUAUUCUUAGUGUGAACGAUAUUGAUGCGUGUCAGACUCGAGUGCAACCGACAUGACAUCUUCCAAUUAGGGAAUCGCCGAUUUAAGUAAUAUAAGUCGGUUAAACCCUGUCUCGACUUGUUUUGAAAUAAAAACAAUAAUAAAUAAUUAACUUAAAAAUAAUUUAAAGUGGCUGGUAUAUAUUGUUGACUUCAUUCUGAGGCGUACGACGACAAGGAGGUUCCGGAGACGAGACAAAUGACAAAACGUGCUUAUGUGUGCGGUUGUGUGUAAUUCUUGGAAUAAUGGAAUGACUUUCUCCAAAUUACCUUGCUAUUAAACGGCAUAGACAGCCGUUCCCUCCCGCUGCCGCCGUCACCUCCUCCUCUUCUCUCUCACACAGACACUCUUCAGGAGCGAUGCCAGACGAGGAAAAGCAGGAGAUUAAGAAGAGAAAACAGGGUCCCGGGUUCAUCUAUGGGAAUUACAAUCGGUAUUACGGCUACCGAGUCAACAACAAAUCAAAAGAAGAUCCUAGACUGAGCGUGAUGAAGAGGGAAUGGUUUGAAAACAAGGACUGCCUUGAUAUUGGAUGCAAUGAAGGUGUGAUUACUAUUGAUAUAGCACAGAAGUUCUCUUGCCGAAGAAUCCUUGGAGUAGAUAUUGAUAAUAGUUUAGUGGCAAUGGCAUGGAGAAACCUUAAAAUAGUGGCAUCAGCAUCAGACAACUGUCAAAAAGAUGCAGCAGGAUUGCAGAAUUUUCCUAAUGGUUCGUCUGAUGGUAAGAAAAAGCCAUCUGUUUCCAGGAGAAGGGGCUUGUUAGAGAAAGUUUCAUUUGAAUCAGGAAACUUUUUGGAGGAUUUGUGUCCUGGCAAAGAGAAGUACGAUACCAUUCUUUGUUUGAGUGUUACAAAGUGGAUCCACCUAAAUUGGGGGGAUGAUGGACUGACGACAUUAUUUUCCAAGAUUUGGCAAUUACUUCGACCGGGUGGCAUUCUUUUGUUGGAGCCCCAACCUUGGAAGUCAUAUGAGAGCAAACGUCGUGUAUCGGAGGUGACAUCGUCGUAUUUUGGUUCAAUAAGAUUCAGCCCGGAUCUCUUCCCCGACAUUCUUCUUGACAAGAUAGGCUUCAGGACAAUGGAGACUAUUAGCAACAACUUACCAGGUACAGUUGCUGGAUUCAACCGACCAAUUUAUAUUUAUACCAAGUGAAUUAACAUGUAAAAGAGUGCUAAAAGCCUAAAAAAAAGUUUCAACCCUCCCUUAUGUAAAUGAAAAAAUUUUGUUUAUUUUUCUCUCCAGACGACAGUGGGCGUUCAUUUUGUUCCACCAUUUUUUUUGUGAAUCUUAUUGCUAAAAGUGGAAAUUUGAUAUCUGUUAUUCAUCAAUCGCCAGUGAAUAUAAUUUCUUUCUGCA